ACUGAUCUGAAGACGGGGCAGUAUGGAUCAUCGUGCAACCCUGGAAAUCGAUAAAAUCCACCCAAACCGCCAGCCGAGCAUCGCGGAUGAUGAAGAAGAACAAGAUGCCGCGUUUACCAUCGUCAGAGUCCUGGACAAGGUCGCCACUAUCGUAGACAGCGUGCAGGCCAGCCAAAAACGGAUUGAGCAGCGCCACCGAGACAUGGAAGACGCCAUCAAGACCAUCCAGAUUGACAUUCUAAAGCUGGCUCAGGCCCACGGCAACACAGGGUACACAGUUAACAAGCUGUUGGAGAAAACACGCAAAGUUAGCGCUCGGGUCAAAGAAGUCAGAGCCCGAGUAGAGAGGCAGAAUGUUAAUGUGCAGAAGGUGGAGACCAAGCAGGAGGAAAUGCUGAGGAAAAACAAGUUUCGUGUUGUCAUUUACCAGGAAGACAUUCAGUGCCCAUCUUCUCUGACGGUUGUCAAAGAGCGGACACAAGGGGAAAGCACCGAAGAUGCCUUCUGCCCACCCGAUGAUCUCUCUUCUGAUGAGGAGUGUUACAUAGAAGAAAGCCGAACAGCCCGUUUUAAGAAAUCGGGGAUGAGGCGCAUCAACGUCAUCAAAAAAGCAUUUUCAAGAGAGAACCUUCAGAAAACAAGGCAAAAUUUUGGCAAUAAAGUGGAUAGGCUUCGUACUCGAAUAGUAACACCUGAGAGAAGGGAACGAAUAAGGCAGUCAGGAGAGAGGCUGAGACAGACUGGGAUACGGUUCAAGAAAAACAUUGCCAAUGCAGCGCCAACGAAGAAGAAUUUGAAAAAGAACAGGAAAACUACAGAGCAACCUACUGAUGGCCAACAAGGAACUCAAGAAUCCGGCACUGAAACAGCGACAGAAAGUAGGGAAGCCGAACCCACCACCGAAGAAAUUUCCUACACUGAAGUGAUAAUGAAAGUGAAGAAGGACAAAGGGGACGGAUCAAAACACCUUUCUCAGGCAGACGAGAACGUAAUGAUGCCUCCUGAGAAGAACCUGAUCAAACCAGAGAUGAAAGAGGACGCCCUUUUAUUGGAUCUAAAGCAGCCUGUUUAAAUGGCAAACAUCUGCUGGUGAGGUGGUGUCACCGUGGCAGGGAAAGAGCAAUUCCUUUCAUGUUGGAGGUGUAGUCAUGCCGCCUGAAGACGCCGUGAAGUAUUGCAUGUUGCAGAAAGUUUGGGGCCCAGCCCAAGGUUUCUGUUUGGACAUGCCAAAUUGGUCAGUUGGAUUUAUCUGCCAACCCACCAAACCAACCAGCAUGUAUGAAGACAUUUUUUCCCCCUACCUUGGUUGUUCAAAUGUAUUUUUUUCCUAAAACUUCCAUUAUCCCCAUUCUUACUACGGAUUAUUGGUACUUUCUAAGGUGCCUGGUUGGAGGAAGUUGUGGUAGGUAGGACUCUUUUCAGCAUUUCCCAAUAUUUUACAGGAAAGACAGUAACGGCAAGACUUCUGCUAUCCUACACAUGCUAUCCUACACUGUUUGCCUGAUGAUUGAUAAGCUCUUCUGGACAAUCUGCAACCACAAGGGAAAAUUGUUAUCUAUAUGUAAAUAGAUGUGCUUGGAUUAAAUUACAGAAGAGAACAGAUCAAUAUAUGUGUGUGAGUGUGUGUACACACACACAAACACGUAAACACUCUUCUUUUACAUACAAUGGGUGCAUCUUUAUCACCUGAUAAAGGUGAUGAAGAUGAGCCGUGGUGGUGUAGUGGUUAAAUGCAGCACUGCAGGCUACUGCUAGAUCAGCAGUUCAG